UGACUGCCGUGUGUGGAGGAGUGCAAAGUCCAGGCCAAGAGAGAAGAUUUCAACACCUGUGCAGGCUCAGAAUCUCAGGUGAGGCUUCUGUCCAUCACUCUGGAAAGUCCUGGCUGAUACACCUCUGCCUAUAGAUACUUAGCAGAACUUUGAGGAAGAGCCAUGGCCUCAUCGCCAGCGAUUAGGAAGAUGAGGGAGGAAGCCACGUGCUCCAUCUGCCAGCAGCUGAUGAAGGAGCCCGUGAGCGUCAACUGUGGGCACAGCUUCUGCCGCCAGUGCAUAGACAAUAUCAUUGGGCAGCAAUAUUUUGUGACAUCUUUUAUUUGGAGGGCUCGCUGUCCCCUGUGCCAAACAUCACUUCAGAGGGAGAGUGUCCGACCCAACAAGCACCUUGAAAACCUCAUUGAGAACAUCCAGGAUUUGGAGCGUGAGAGGCUGUGUGAGGAACAUGGGGAGCACCUCCACCUAUUCUGUGAGGACGACGGGCAGCUCAUCUGCUGGUGCUGUGAGCGCUCCCCCCAGCACAGAGGACACCGCACGGCUCUAGUGGAGGACGUAUGUUUAGGCUACAAGGAGAAGCUCCAAGACGUUGUAACAAAGCUGAAGGAAACUCAAGACCACUGUACCAGUGCGAAGUUGUUCACGGCAGAGCAAAUAACUGCAUGGAAGGAGAACAUAGCGCUUCGGAGACAAGAAAUCAAGUCUGAGUUUUGGAAUCUCCACUGCUUCCUCCAUGAGGAGGAGAGGGCUUAUCUAUGGAGAUUGGAGAAAGAGGAAGAGAAGCUGCUGGGGAGACUGCAGGACAGUGAAGUCAGUCUGGACAAUCAGAGCUAUGAACUGGAGAAGCUCGUCCUGGAACUAGAGAAGAAAUGUCAGGGCUCAGCCCAGAAUUUAUUGCAGGGUGUGAAAGACACAUUAAACUGGUAUUCAGAUGUGAAGCUGAAAUUGCCAGAGAUCUUCUGUUUGGAGCCUCAAACUGUGUGCCAUGUUUCUGAGCUUUACUUUGAUGUGAAGAAAAUGUUAAGGCACUUCCAAGUCAGUGUGACUCUGGACCCAGACACAGCUCAUCAUGAACUAAUUCUGUCUAAGGAUCGGAGACAUGUGACCCGUGGAGGCAGACGGAAGAAGUAUUUCAGUUCUAAAAGAUUCUGUUCCUUACCCUGUGUCCUGGGCUGUGAGGGCUUCACCUCAGGAAGACAUUACUUUGAAGUGGACGUGGGAGAAGGAUCUGGGUGGGACUUAGGAGUUUGUCUGGAAAAUGUGCACAGGUACAGGGACAUGACCCCAGAGCCUCAGUCUGGCUUCUGGGCCAUCAGACUCUGCCAGGAGAAUGGCUACAUGGCCCUUAUCUCUCCCCCAACUCCCCUUCCAUUGAUGGAGCGGCCCCUGCUAGUGGGAGUUUUUCUGGACUGUGAGGUUGGACUUGUGUCCUUUUACAACAUGAACACUGGCUCCCACAUCUUCACCUUCCCAAGGGCCUCCUUCUCUGGUACUCUUCGGCCUUAUUUCCAGGUUAAUCAUUCUUCUCCUUUGUUCCUCCCUCCACCCCUGGAGUCAAUUUAAAAGAGUCUCUUUGUUUCCCGAUGUAGAAAUAUAACGUCAGUCCUAUUAGGUCAGGACUUGUUCUGUUUUGUCAUUUGCUCUUUCCUUUUACCUGAACCAGCGCUGAGUUCUCAGUGGACACUCAGUGAGUGUGCCAUGACUGCUGGACACAGCCAUUGUGCAGACAGCGCAGAAGAUCAGCCUGACCAGCGGGGAAUCGAGAGAACAGCAGGGUCAUCCCUCGUGCUCUCCCCCGUCACUGGGUCAGAUCUCUGACCUGCCAGGGUCCUGAUCUCUCGCUGGGUGUCUGGCCUCUUCAAUUUCAUGUCAAGUUUUCACGCUCCAUCAAUGUUGUAGUUUGGGUUAGUAGUUGCUUUUGUUUCUGGACAAACCAUCCCACUGUAUGGAUAUCACGCAUCGUGUGUGCCCGUUCAUCAAAGGAUGGACAUUGGUUGUUUCCACUUUGGGGCGAGUUCAAAUGAUGCCAUUGAGAACAGUGCUGUACAAGUUUUUGUGUGAUUAUGGUGCAAUUUGGAGGUUUAUACCUAGGAGUAGAAUUGCUACUUCCUAUGAUAAUUGGUUCAACUUUUUUUUGUGAGAUUUAUUUAUAGAAGAACUGAGGUACAGGCCAGAUGUGAUGGAGGGUGAGCAGAUUCACCAGAGAGAGAGCGGGGAACAGAACAGGCAGGCUGACUAAAUACACUGCUGAGGGGAGCAGCGGGUGUGACAGGUGAGGUCUCCCGAGCCAUGUGGGACUUCGCCGGCCUGCCAGGAUCCAACCGGUGCUGCAGAGGCUGGGAGAGCUUCACAGUGUGGCGCUCAACUGCCUGCUCCACCAAGGGAGGCCCAAGUUGUUCAUCUUUUAUGGAACUGUUUUCCAAGUGAUGCCCGAAUUGUCAGGCCUAGUCUCCUAGCCAGGAUGGGAUUUCAGGCUGCAGGGCAGCAGGGCAGCUUUGAGCACCAGCCACUAGACCCCCCACGGGGUCUAGGAACUUCAAAGAUGCCCAGGCAAGCAAGCGAGAAGAGGCAGGUUUGUUUAGAGAAAGAAAAAGUUUAUUGAGGAGAAAAAGAACAGAAAUAAAGUGGGACUCCCAGGCCAGGGAACCAGGCCUGGGAGGGGCAAGGAAGCCAAAGUGAAGUCCUGUCUCAGGGAAUAUAUACUUUCUUUCCCUGAUUAUUCUAAAGCUCCACCAGUCUCUUUGUAAUUGGUUAGUUCUCGGCUGUCUCACUUAAUUUGCUACUGAGUAGGGGAUCUUCACAUUCCUUAUCUAAUAGGUUUGUCUUUCCCCAUUUGUUACAUCUUUAUCUUUAUGGCCUAGUCUUCCGGGAGAGCAUCUCCACACCUUAUUUUUAUCACCUGAAGAAAACCAGGACCAUCCUUAACAAGAUUGUCUGUGGUGCUAGGAUGUUUGUUUUCCCCCUAUUGUUAACAAUGGUCCUAGGAUGUUUGUUUUUCCCAGUGGAAUUGGUUACAUUUCCUUGGUUGUCCUUAUCUCUGAAGCCUCCCUAAAUUCUUCAGAGGUCCCCUCCUGCACUGUCCCUGAAACUGCCUAAUUUCUAGCUUACCCUGUGUCUCACGACAACAUAGUAUAUCCUCACAUGCCAUGUAUGACAUUCCAAUUUCUCUACAUUUUAUUGUGGGUAUUUUUAAAUGUAACUAUGCUAAUGGAUAGUAAGUGCUGUCUCCUUGAGAUUUUGUUUUUUUCUGGCUUUUGCAUUUUCCUAAUGAGUGGUGAUGGUGACAGCUUCAUGGCUAAUUGUGUGUCUUUUUGGAAUUAUCUCUAUUCACAUACAUUGCCCAUUUUAGUUGGGUAAUUUGUAUUUUGGUUUGUAAUAACUUCUGUAUGCUAAUUACAGUUCUAGGUAUGUCCCUUAUCAGCCUAAUAAUUUUAGAAACUUUCUAUCAUUCUCUGAGUUCUCUUUUACAUUCUUGAUGGAGUCCUAAGAAGCUCAUCUCAGUAUCCUUGUUAUAUUGAACUUUUAUUACUUGUGCUUUGGUGUCAUCCAGAUAACCAUUGGGAACCCAAGGGAACAAGAGUUUUUCUCUCUUUUCUUCCAAAAGGUUUUAACCAUUUCAGUUCUUACACUUAGAUCUUUGGUUCAUUUUGGGGACUCCAGUGAUCUGUCCACUCUGUUCUUUGAAAUUCUCCAUCCUACACUCCUCAUACACAGGAAGGGAUGCACUGAGGGAGGGGCUCUUUCUGGCCUCCCCUGAGCUGUCUCAGUACAUCACACACAUCUCAUGAAGCACUGGGUUCUCCCCACUUAGGGAACAUGUCUCUAAAAUCUCUUCUACCUCCUCUCCCCUCUCAACCCUGAGCUCUGCAUGAUCCCUUCCCUCACACAGCAGGUGCCAGUGGGGGCAGUGGUCAUAAGACAGACCCUGACAUGAGCUUGUCUUUGUCUGGCUGCUGCUGUGUGGGGGUGGUUGAUCACCUGUGGGGUCCCUCAGCUCCUUUCCUGGUCCUUUGACUAUGGGGAGCCACGCUACUCAUGUUGUCUGACAAAAGUCCAGGCAUGGGGCAGAUUUCUGGAAAAUCAGGAAUCUUGUUAGCUGACUCCAAGAUUCUCCUCAUUUGUUUAUGGCUAGUUUCUACCAUUGCUAAAAUACGCAUUUAAAAGUAAAACUGCAAAUACUGAUCAAUCACUGAAUAACCAGUUUGAUGACAAAUGGCACUGCAUGAUACAAAUAUCACAUUUUUUAUAAAAUUAGUAGUUAUCUGCCAAAAGGCAGCAAUUCAACAUUUGGCCUUACAUUAACAAAUUAAAAAGAAAACUUCUGGGAACAAAAGGCUGUAAACAUCCCUAGGCCAAGUCUUUGAUAUGGAGAUGUGGUCUUUUGAGGCAAGGGCUAAUUGGAGAAGGAAAUUUAUUUACUUUAAAGUAAAAGAUAGCAGUUGGGUGGCAGAGGAGAGCCAUGCUCCAAGUGUAAGAAAAUUCCUAAUAAACCAGGAGGCGCCAUAGCUGACUCCUGCUAAAUUCUUCCUGUUUGUUUAGGGCUAAUUUCCCUGGAGGUGACAAUUGGUAUGGUAGCUGUUAGAGUGUGCAUUCAAGAAUAAGUCAACAGCAAUUUUGUGACUGGUUGAGCUAGUAACCACGGCAGCACAAAUAAUCCACUCGGAAAUGGUUAAUGUUACAACUACUGAUAUGUCACCUAUCGACCAUUUUUGAGAAUCAAAGGCUAUAACCAUCUCUGCUCCUGCCCCUGAUGAAAUAUUUGUAGUUCCUUAAAACAACAACCAGCAAUCUUAUAGAUAAGGAAAUUGUCCCUUGAUCUUAAAGUUAAAUACGGAAUCUAGGCUGACUAAAUAAAGUAGAGGAGUAAUAGGUAGAAAACUCUUUGUUUAGAUUAGGAGAAUUCCUCCCUCAAUUUGUUAGGGGGAAAGGAUGUCCUGAAGCUAAUUCCAUACAGGCUUUGUGGACUCCACCUCCACCCCAGGUCAAAAACUGGGAACUCCAAAUCCUAUCACCACCAAAGGGAAGGCAGCCAGGUUGAUAUAAAGCCAGACACGUGGGCUUUAGAGGGGAUUCCCCCAUUUUGGCUCUCCACCAGCUCGCAGCGUCCGGCCAGCUCUGAGAGUGACUUUGGGUUUCCAGGUCAGCGGAUCGGGUAGGACGCAUUAAAGACUUUAUUUCCCUAUUUUCUCCCUGAGUUGUACAUUUUCCUUAUUUCCUUUUCCUUUGUAAAUAAACCUUUUAUUAACCUUGUGUGUGUGCCUGUAGUGGAGUAUUCAUAAGUCCCUUUUAAGCGCCCUGGUGAGGACUCACAGCCAGGCAACCCAUUCAUUUAUCGGGGCUGCUCUAUAACAAAUUGAGAGCUGGGGGCUAGGGAAGAGUCAGUGCGGCUUGCCUGGCAUUUGCGCCCUCCAGGCACUUGGUUCCUUAAUAUCAAAUCAAUAUAAAAGCAAUAUACUAUAGAUGAUGAUUUCUAUAUAAAAGCCUUCUGUUUUUUACUUUAAUCAAUUAGUUAUACAUUAGUCUAAACUUUAUAGGUUAGUUAGAAAAAAUCCCUUUGUUUCCCCUCCCCCAGGUAACUUCCUGCCCUUUGUCUCCCCAGCCCAUAGUUAAUCCUUCACCAUGGCAAACAUAGAAAUGUUAGUUACAGUCACUUAAGCCUUUUGCUAGUAAUAAAAUGACUGAUUGUUUAAGGUAAAUGACUAUUCUAAGAACACUUUUGUUUAGCAACUGUGUCUUCUUUAAAACAAAGAAUAAUAAACAUGACCACCUCUGCAGCAGGGCAAAUAGCCCCUUGGCUGUUCUUGAGAAAGAUGUGAUGAUUGUUAUCUUCCUGCCUUAAUGCAUAUGCUUAUGCACUCUCCAGGUUUGCUUGAAAUAUAUAAGUAAAGGCUGCUGAGACCCUCAGCAGGAUACCUGCACCCUGACCAAGUGUCCAAAUCUCCUCAUUAUCCUUCCCCAUCCCUCACGAUUUCGCCAACGCCAUCCCAUCCUUCAGGAACACCUGACACCCAGACUGCUACAGCUGGCUCGCAACAUUUGACAAGACAGCUUGUAACAGGGUGGUCCCCAGGAAAGGGGGAGGUUCCCUGCCCCACCCAAGGGAGGGUGGAGCUGAGCAGGAAGAGGAGAAGCUGCAGAAGAGACUGAGGAAGGAAGCAGGAUGGAGCCAGGAGACCUGGAAGAGGAGCAUGGAGCCUAGAGACAAGUAAAGAAACUGCGCUUGUCUUUUGGUCGUAGACUGGGUGACACAGAUGUGGGUGAGACCUGUGGGGAGGUGACGAUGGCAGCUUUUAUCUGGAUGUUGAUUUUGCUCUUUUCCUUCCGGGCU